AUGUACGACGCUAAGAGCCUUUCAGCCCUCCUGGUCCUGCUGUUGGCUGCCGGACCUGCCUCGGUUGUUUCCGUGCCAGUUGCUGCGGACCAAAACAUUGUCGCAAGACAGAUCAACAGCGAGGCUGAGGCAGGAUCUAACUUGGUAGCCUCCAUCCCCGAGGGACCCUACUACCAAAGCGGCUCUUACGCAUCUUCCGACUACCAUGAAGGUCCUGGCAAAAAUGGCGGCUCCAGCUUCUCAUCCGGAGCCGAUGCAAGCGAUGAUACAAUAGUUUCUAUUCCGGAUGGCCCCAGCGUUAACUUGGGAAGCUUUGCGCACUCCAGCUAUGAGCAAACUGAGCCCGAGCCUGAGCCCGAGCCUACCCCUACCCCAACUCCCACUCCGCAAGAGCCCCAGCCUUCCUCUCCAUCUACUCAAGUCCCAGUCCAGCCCAUUCUGCCUCCAUCGCCAACUCCCUUUGUUCCCACCCCUCCACUGACCAGCGCACCUGCCCCUGAACCCCCUGCUCCAUCACCCCCGGCUCCUGCUCCUGAAACUCCUGCUCCUGCUCCUCCUUCCCCCGCUCCACCAGCUCCGGUCGAAGAGCCUGAGCAGCCCGUUGAAGAGUGCCCAGCUCCCGAGCCUGAGCCUCAGCCUGAACCUAAGCCCCAGCCAGUGGUUGUCCCCGAGCCAGCCUACACAUGCAAAUGCGCAGCAUAA